UCCAGCAGAUGGAGGCAAAGCUGGAAAGACUGGAAAAGAAGGUCGGGGAGAAGAAUGACCGGGACAAACCCCUGGCAGGGUCCCCGUUCACCACAAGGGUCCAUCUGACACCUUUCCCGCGAAAGGUCAAGAUCGACGCCCCCAGAUUCACCGGGAAGGAAGAUCCGGAAAUCCACCUAGACUUCUUCAACCAGAGUGCGACCAUGAACGGUUGCACCGAUGAAGAAAAGUGCCUACUUUUCUUCCAAACCUUGCGGAACCGAGCCACUGAAUGGUUCAAUAAGCUUCGCCCGGGAAGCAUUGACUCGUUCAGUGAUUUGGCCUCAAAAUUCAAGGCCAAGUUCCAAGAGAAUUGUACUAAGAGGAAGAAGUUCACCUAUCUUAGUACAGCCGGGCAGAAGGAGUCUGAGAACCUCACUCAGUUCCUUACCCGGUGGAAGGAAGAGGUAGACAAGGUGGAAGAGAUGGAUGACAAGACCGUCCUCUCCCUACUCUUGAAUGGCUUGCGUGCUGGGGAACUAUAUCAGGAGUUCUGUCGGAAACCCCCAGCCACGUACCAAGAGGCCUACCAUACUGAAUGGGAGUUUGCUGAAGCUGAAACCCAGCUCCGGGCAAAGAGAGAAGCUGAACAUGGUCACAAGCCCAAGCCGGUGCAAGUCAAGAAGGAAGAAGCACCGGGACCUAGCCAACCGAGGCACCACUAUGACCCGGUCAUCCAAGUGGUCAAUACGAAAGAAUGCCAAGAAGUCCGGAAAGCACCGGUCAUUCCUCCAGAAAACCCUACCGGUCAAGUAGGGCGGCAGUGGUCGGGCACCUAUUGUUCGUACCACAGGUCUGAUUUCCAUAACACCUCCGAAUGCAAAAGUGUUAAAGGGGUCAUCCGGCAGAUGAUCGACAGUGGAGAGCUGGGCAAAGAUUACUUGCAGAAAGCCCAGGAGAAGAGUCAUCAGUGGGUUAGGCCAACUGCCCCAGGGAAUGACCGGGACAAGGACCGGCGGAGGAAUAACCGGGCAGGGGAGCGGCAACCUGCCCCCGAAAAAGAACACAUCGGCAUGAUCUUCGGCGGACCCGAGGGUGGAGAUUCAGCCGCGCAGCGGAAGAACUGGGUCCGGAGCAUUUACGUGGGAGAAGUAAGUGCUGAACCGCCCAGGCGUAAACAUACUAGGAGGGAGCCUAUCGUCUUUACUGACCGGGAUCUUCCUCCUACCGGUGAAGAUCACAAUGAUCCAUUGGUCAUCACCAUGGACAUUAAUGGGGUGGAUGUCGCCCGGGUACUUGUUGACACCGGCUUCACGGGGGAUACCGUUGAAGCUGAAGGAUCCAUAGUUCUACCGGUCGAAUUAGGAUCAGGUGAAAAGACCGUGUGGAAGAAGAUGCGGUUCAUAGUUGUGGACAUCAAAUGCGUCCACAUUGCAAUCCUAGGAAGGCCAGGCAUCAAUAAAGUCGGGGCGGUGAUUUCCAUGCCUCAUCUAUGCAUGAAGUUCCACACUCCAGGUGGUGUGGGUGAGGGGAAGGGCGACCAGAGGAACGCCCGGGAGUGCUAUGCCCGGGCAGUCAAGAAAAUGUCCAGGGGGGUCAAUGUCAUCUCCCAAGAGAUCACAAAAGGAGAGACCCGGGAGAAACUGGAGCCCGAGGCUGAAACGGUGGAAAUCGAACUUCACCCGGGUGAUUCUUCGAGGAUGGUCAGAAUUGGAGCAAAUCUCCCCGAGGAUCUCAAGGAGCAGAUUACACGGGUCCUCCUAGAAUACGCGGGCAUAUUCGCAUGGAGCGUGGCGGAUAUGCCCGGGAUAGAUCGCUCUGUUAUCUGCCACCGGUUAGCCACUUACCGGUCAACAAGCCCACUGAGCAAUGGUGGGAGAUGGCAGUUGAUGGGGCGUCCGGUCCUAGAGGGUACGGGGGGUGGUAUCGUGUUCACCACCCCAGAAGGAUUCAAGAUCUACCAUGCAAUCGUCUUCAACUUCAAGCUGACGAACAAUGAGGCAGAAUAUGAAGCUCUGGCUGGAGGGCUCAGACUUGCCCAAGCCCUGAAAAUCAGCCGGGUCAGUAUCAAAUCUGACUCUAGCCUGGUAGUAGGGCAGGUGACCGGUAACAUGGAAGCAAGGGAAGGACGCAUGACACAAUACAAGGACCUUGUACUUGCCCUAUUGAAAGACUUCGAAGAAUUCAAGAUCGCCCAAAUUCCUCGGGCAGAGAAUGCGGAUGCAGACCUUCUCUCCAAAUUGACGCAGUAUGCUCCCGAGCAUGUUUCGAAACUUGCCCGGGUAGAGAUCCUUGACCGGUCAAGCAUCGAGAAAUUGGAAGUCGCCGCUAUAACUGCCGGAAGCCAGUUUGACCGGUCAAACUUGGUCGGGGCGAACGACCAUUGGAUGAGUGAUCUCAUGGAAUAAUUGAUGGAUGGGAGCUUGCCGGAACAAGAUGACCGGGAAAAAAAAGUGAAGCUCAGGGCACCCCGAUUCCAUAUUCUUGAUGGAAAGCUGUAUAAAAGGGCAUUUGGGGG